AUGAAAGGUCGUGUGCUUGAGUUGUCAGUGAUGGCUACUUCCUUGAAACAGGCUGUUCACAACUUGCAUAAGAAUCUAGAGUGUCCUGUCUGCCUAAGCUUUUUCAAGGAACCCAAGAUCCUGACCUGCUCCCAUACCUUCUGCAAGGCUUGUCUUGAGACUCUUCUGGAGUCUCGUGGAGAGCUGUUGUGUCCUACGUGCAGGGAGGAGACUUCGGUUCCUGGAGGAGACGUGGGUAGACUGCAAUCAAACAUAACAGUCAGAUCACUUGUUGAAGAUGUGGAGACCCAGGGCCAGACAGAGUCUCUAACCUCACAUAAAGCGACGUGUGUACAGCUGGAAGAGCUUUUGAACCGGAUUAGGCCAGAUGAGGAGCUGCCCAGAAGAACUGCUGAGUAA